AGACCACAGUUUUCAUGCAAGAUCUGUUCGCAAGAGUAUACGCCCGACAAAUGCAUUGACAACACAUUUCAAGUGAUCCAUUGGUCCCGAAAUAACGGCGAAAGCAAUGAAAGUGGUGUUUGUAAUCAGUGUCAUAAAGACAAGCCGUUAGUGAUUCGCUGCAAAGAGUGUGAAUGGAUUUGCGAGCCCUGCCAUCGACUUCACAUCGCUAUCGCUGUCUUCGAGUCUCACGAGUUGGACGAGAGCUCCAAAGUGUCGCCAAACGCUGACCUAAGCCUCAACAAUACGUGUCCCACACAUAACGAGGAGAUAACAGUGUAUUGUAAGACAUGUAGUAACGCGUUCUGCGCCCGUUGUAUACUCCGUGACCACAAUCUCCACGUCUACGAAGACUCCAAAGACACGACACAAAUGGACAAAUUCUUCGACUCCUUCCGAACACGAGUGGCGGAUAUCACAGAUAAGAGAACGCAUUGCGAGAACACAUUGCAAAAGUAUGAGACAAUCGAGACCGACAUCAGUAGUCAGAGGGAUGUCUGCGUCAACCGAAUCAAAGACAUUAUCAGUAGACUUCACACCAAAGUGGAUGACAUGGGAACCACUCUAUUGGAUGGCGUUAACAAUAAGUGCAAUGAAAAGCAAACCGAAUACAGUUCCAAGAAAUGCCAAUUGAAACAAAUGAACCAAUCAUUUGAGUUCAUCGAGCAGUUCAUGUCCGCCAUUCUCGACCUCAACGAACCCAUGAGUGUCUUGAAAGCUCAGGAUCUGUUAAGCUCUCAGUUGCAAAAGUUGUUGAAUAAGCCGUGCAGUCAUCCCGACUAUAUCACGCCCUUUACCAUUGAAGUGAAGGACCAGUUGACUGAUGGCAGCGGCGAUGGACUCAAUAUCAAUAAAAUGAUUGACGGAGUGUUUAAUAUGUGCUUCAAUAUUGUCUCGAGUGAUGACAAGCAGACAAAGACCGCAAAUAGUAAUACUAAAAAUAGCAAUAAUAAUACUAAUGAAAGCAAUGAUUUAGAUGACGACAUCGCAGAGAUAUUUGAAUUGCCAAACUCUAGGCCAAACUCCAGGCCAAGUCCUGGACAGACAUCCACAGCAUUACAGGCGGCAAAUAUAGGUAAUACACAAACCAUUGCACAGACAACCGCACAGACAGCCGCACAAACAGCCGCACAGCACAGCUAUUACUAUAAUAAUAAUUAUAAUAAUAAUCAAAAUAAACACUUGAGAAAUAUGUUGGAUUCAAAUCCACAAAAUAGUAGACAAACACAUGCAUUGCAAACAAACAUUCCCAACGCUUCCAUGCAUUUGCAAAGUAUAAAUUCAAUGACAAACUCUAUCACACAAAACAAUACUCCAGUCCAAGCGAUGGCCUCCUAUGGCAGUCCCGGUGUAUAUCGUGGACCCGUUCCCAGUGCUAACAGCUGUCAGCAAAUCCAUAGGAAAGGCAAUCCUCCCAACUAUAUGUCUAUCGCAACGAUGGCUAACCCACCAAAUGUUACCGUUAACACUAAUAACACGUUUACCGGUGCCAACAGCACAGCACAACCACAACCGGCCACAACUUAUGGACAUAACCUGCGGAUGUAUGCGGGCGGCAACAUAAUGCAAGGACCCAACCCUAUCACCAGAACCCUAUUGCAGAAUAGACCACAUGAGGGAACGACAACUGUUAUAUAUACCAAUAAUAUUCAAGCGCCCACUAGAAGCCAGUUAGCGACUCGACUCGCACAACAACCGCUACCACACUUUCAAUACAUUCAACCACAACAUACCGUUCCCACUCGACCGCAACCGCUUCAGCCCCAAACACAACUCCAUUCCCAACUUCAGUCUCAACUUCAGGCCCAAAGUCAACCACAAACUCGGCCACAACUUCAGUCCCAAAGUCGACCCGCACUUCAGCCGCAAACACAGCACGCGGUUCAAUAUUUACAACAUUUACAACGAGAGCUAACACAACAGCCAACACAACAGCCAACACAACAGCAAACACAACAACAAUCGCAUCCAAAUCAGCGUCAAAUGCAACAACAUUUUGAUUUCCAACUCCAACACCAAAAGGAAAUUCAAAGAGAGAAAGAAAUCAAUGAAAUCGCCAAAGAGUUAGAGAAAGCGAGCGAAGGGUUUCCAACGGAUCCUAUUUCCUCUCAUAUCUCAUCUAUAAUUAGAGAACAACAGGAUAUCAUUGCCUCUCAAUCUCAAGCCUAUCGGACACACACUCAAAACACCAGACCUGUCAACACAAUCGCACCGCAAACCGCGUGUCAAACACAGAAUGACCCCAUCGUUGAGCUCCAUAUACCGGACAAUUGGUGUCCACUUCCGACCGCAUCGCAGAACACAACACAGACCCCAAUAGAGCCACAAAUAGUGUCGAGUGUGACCAUCGCUGCGACGACACCCAGAAAUAGUAUCGAUGACAUGAUAGCCGCAGUGCCCACACGUCCCACGUCUACAGAUUCUGGUAUACAAACGCCAGUCCUGUCGAUGCCUUCUGUGGCCGACAUUAUUGACAAUUCAUUGCCAAAUAGCGCACAAUUGGACACAACGGGAGACACAAAUGAUAGGAGACCUUCAGAUGACAACUCCGAGAUUAUUCUCCCAAACUCUCCGAACCCGCCAUCAGUUGAUUCAUUGUUCUCUUCGACUGAAUUCAUAUCAAGCGAUAUCAACGCCGGAGAGAAAGAUAAAGAAGAGAACAACACUAUAGAGAGUGAAGUGUCGACAACAGUAACAGUGACUCCUUUGCCCAAACCUAUGGCACCAGUGGCUCGCAUCGCACCGAUCACUACCACCGAAGAAGCGGAUUCGCCGCCCAAUGAUCUCAUGAGUGACGACGACUCGGAAGAGCGCGAGUCCAUAGAUGAGGACGCCUUCUGUGUUGUGUGCGAUCGAGAGUUCGGAGAAUUCAUAAUAUGUGGCAAUUGUAGCCGUAGUUUCCAUAAGGAAUGUCAUGUCCCAGAAAUCAAGACAAUGCCUGAGACUACAUUUGUUUGCACUUUCUGUAAAGACUUGCCGUCAGCGCAGAGCGCCGCCAGAGUCCGAAGGCCUGGACUUAACGACAGACAACUAAUGACGUGCGAAAAAGUGAUGAUUGCGUUGAUUUGCCAUAAAUUGAGUCAACAGUUAAAGCCUAUAGAGAGUGAGACACACAAUGAAGAAAACACUACUUUAUUGACGAUUAAAGACAACUUAGAGAACAGAAGAUAUGAGAAUGAAGUGGACUUUAUUGCAGACAUCAGACGAAUGAUCGCCAACUAUAAGAAUAGGAGCGAUAUAACACCGGAAGACAUGAAUAACUUCAACGCUUUUGAGAAGUAUUUCCAGACAAAACUCCGUAAAUUAAUGCCAGCCUUUGCCAACACAACACACACUAACAGCUCUGCCGAUAAUACCGGCGGUAAUCAUAAGAAAAGCAAAACGAGUUGUAUUUCCAUUUAAUCUAACGCCAAGUGUUUUAUAGUUUAUAAAAUUAUUUCUAAUUAGAAACCAAUGGUU